AUGCUUAUUCAGUCCCUCGACCCAACCGAAGUCCUGGACCACCUUAUUGCCGGGGGAUAUUUUAGCAUUGAAGAAAAUCAAAUUAUUGAAAACCAGCCAACACCCCAAGCAAGGUGUAGAAAGUUCCUCGACAUAUUGACGUGGCGGGGCGAAUCGGCUUUCGAAUGCUUUUUGAAUUCUCUUCCAACGCAAUAUGAUUUUUUGACCACACAGCUACGUGAGGCCAUUAAGGCCGUCGCGAUCCAGAGGUGCAUACUCUCUUUAGAACUGACAACAAUAAUGUUUGUGGAUUUAUUUCUAGUGCAUAUAUUUCAAUCGUGGUGUGAUAGUCCUUCCUGUAGAUUCGUAGGCUAGGGUGAGCACGUGUCACCACCGUUCCUAUAUUUGUUUCCUUUGCAGCCCAAUAUCCCUUGUUCGCUCAUCUUGUUGCAGUUACUGCAAAUUGGACGAUUAAUAAGGUAUUUUCGAUCGAUCAGGAAACUCAGCAACAAGGGUCUUCUAUCUAAUUUUACGCCGCAGCGGAAGUCUAUUUAUCAUAGCUGGCGGGUAAAUUUCCUGAACAAACCCACUUAAGUGGCAAGCACACUUGAGCUGUUCCAGACUGCACGGCAAGCAGUUGAAAUACUAGUUUGAUGUCCCUGCCAGACUUCAGGACAAGUCGUCACGUUUAUAGUGCAUCUACUAUCCAUACGACAUCGAAGCGUGCGUAUGCUGUGCCGACCUGGUCUUUGGACUACGGAGAUAGUAGAGUACUGUAAACUACGUCUGACUGGCAAGUAUGCUGGUAGUUAUAAGAACAUCAAAAGCCCCUUACCGAAAUUCGAUUUUUAUUAUCCAAGGGAGCGCCAGGGGAGCUUGACGGAUAUUCAUCAAGCGCUUCUCCAUGGUGAUGUUCCAGACCGACCCUAUCCCUUUAUUGAACGUCCCAAAGUGCUGGCAGCGCUUACACAGGGUCUCGAAUGGCUGGCCUCGCAGUUCGUCUCGCGGCACACCAUCAAAGACUUCUCGUGUGCCACGCUGGACACAGCGAAACUCGAUUCUCCUGUUCUUGAUACUCCUACAAAUGCCUGGCUUCUCUUCUACGGAAUGGCAGGACAAGGAAAGUCCGUCAUGACCGCCGCAGCUCUUCGACAGAAUCAUCAAAUUUUGGCUGAAAAGUUUUCUGGAGGUAAGUGUACCUGGCUUAUUAUUUAUUGCGCCAACCGUCUCCGCAUCCCCUUCUAAGUGCCAAUUGUAUGCCGCCACGAUCAGAAGCGGGCCAUAUUUAGAACCGCUGACUUCAGCUCAUUUUUCCUACUCUUAGCCAUGGCUGUUAGUGGGACAUGAGCUCGAGCACAGAGUCGUAUUUUAAUGCCAUAACCCAAAGUAUAGCUUGCACUGAGUUAUGUAUUCCUCUCCUUCGACCACGGCUGCUCUCGCGCAAAAGACGAGUUUAUUUUUGAUAAUCAUAACAAAUUAGUCUUUUCACCGGUCUAUUUGUCUUGAACUUCCAAAAUCGUCUUAUCACCCCCUUCUAACGUUUUGCCGACUAUAAGAUAGAAAUGUACUUUAAGUCACUAAACUUCCAGAUUAGCCUCGCUGAUCAUCUGCUAACUGCUAGGUCUUACCUAGAGUUGUCGUGCCUCCCGCCGUCCACUUCGAUUUACGUUGUAAAUGUUCUAGUUUUGAAAGAUACAAAGUGUGGGCAAAAUUCAUGAGAAAAUCCACUGCGUCCAUGUAAGUGAUCAUGCGUAUUAUAAUAACCUUCUAUUACAGAUGCCGAAAACACUGAGCCAUAAAUCCGGUGUAAUUGUGCAAGCUAAGAUAAAAUGGUCGCACCCUUUGGGCAUUUGGAUAGCGAGCGCCACACCGGACUGAAACAAAGAAUGACUGUCUCCUAAUCCAUAUCCGACAGGUGAUUACUAACCCCAAUGACACUCGAUGGAUUAGACUGCUCCACUGGUGAAUUUACCGCUCGAAGCUAUUAAACCAUCACCAUCUCGUCAUGCUCCGCUACGCAACUGCCUCUGCCUCUGCUCAUUACUGAUUUAUUUCACUCGUCGAAAGAGUGCUUUAGUUGGCUUGCUAAAGCUAUUUGCCCUCAAUUCCCACCGGUGGCUGUAGUAGCCACGACCCCUAUUUGACAUGCGGUCACGUUGACUCCAAGCAGGACGAUUCAGGGGACAGCAAGGUGAAAGCAUUUGAAAAUAAGACUAGAUAGUUUGCCACAUUUUAUGGGAUCCAGAUCCUGCUCUCAGUUUAAAGUCCAUACAAACAAACAGGACUGGAUCACCGACACAUCCACCCAAUGUGACCUAUUUUCUCGUCUCCUUCCUGGCAGGUGUCAUAUGGCUGAAGGUGGGCUACUCUCGUGUCUGCGACUGUCCUUGCGCCGAGGCUGAGGACCAGGUACGAGGGGUUCUAUCUCGUUUGAACGAACAUGUAAAUGAGAUUCAAUCACCCUACGGGGCACCCCGGCUGCAGGAUGACGGUAAGAGGAUACAUUGCCAUUCUCACACACCUCCUUCCGCAGAUGUUAAUCCUCUCAAACUGCGCAUAAAACGGCGCCUCAUCACACGACAGUACCGAAAAUCAGAGACCCUGGAUUCUGACAGCCCGGUCACCCCCUCCCUCUUCCUCAUAAUCCUGGACGAUGUCUGGGAUCAGAACGUUAUCACAGCGUUGGCUGAUCUGCCGGCCGCUUUCAUUGUCACAUCCCGUGACGCCAAGAUCCUCCAACGAGUUUCUGGACCAGUAAAGCCGGUACGUCAAAACGAUUAUUUAUCUUCUUGCGAUUAUUAUUAUUAUUAUUAUUAUUAUUAUUGUUCCACUGACCCAGUUCCAAUUGCUCUUAUCACCUGAGUUGCCUCUUAGUCUGCGUCUUCCAUCCAUCUUGUCGCAGUAA